AUGCAACAUGUGAAAACAAUACCCCAUCCACCAUUCAAAACCGCCGAUCAUACGCCGCCUCCGCCGACGCUAUGAUCGCCGUCGUCACUUACUACCUCUCCCAACACCCUUCCAUCGUCGCCUUCCGUUGGAGCCACACUCAAUCAUGGGGCUCCACCUGGUCCUUCCUCGUCACCUCCAUCGCUCUUUACCUCAUCAUCUCCUCCUCCAUCCACCUCUUUCUGUGCCUCCUUUUCCGACGCGGCCGCCCCGUCUCCCUCGGUCCGAUCCCCGCGCUGCAUAGCCUCUCGAUGAUCGUCGUAUCCGCCGUAAUCUUCACAGGGAUCUUCCUCUCAGCCGCUGCGGAAAUCAAGGAGACCCGAUGGUUCUGGCGCCGUUCGAAGACCCCGUUCCAAUGGCUCCUAUGUUUCCCCCUGGGAACCCGUCCCUCCGGCCGCGUCUUCUUCUGGUCCUACAUCUUCUACCUCUCCCGUUUCCUCCACAUGUUCCGCACCAUCUUCUCCAUUUUCAGGACCCGGAAAUUGACCUUCUUCCACCUCUUCAACAACUCCAUAUUGACGGUCAUGUCCUUCCUCUGGCUGGAGUUCUCGCAGUCGUUUCAAGUGCUGGCGAUCCUAUUCACGACCCUCGUUUACGCCGCCGUCUACGGCUACAGAUUCUGGACGGCGAUAGGGUUACGAAGCGCUUGCUUCCCCUUCGUGUUGAAUUGCCAAAUCCUGCUGUUGGGCUGCAACGUGGUCUGCCAUGUUGGGGUUUUAAUGCUGCAUUUCAUGAAAGGCGGGUGCAAUGGGAUCGGAGCAUGGGUUUUGAACUCUGUUCUCAAUGGGUUUAUUUUGUUACUGUUUUUGAAGUUUUAUGUUCAGAACAGAAGAAAAAAUGGCAAUGGCAAUGGCAAGCAAACGCCGGUGAUCGGGGAAAUUCACAAGGACAAAGGUUUGUGACGAGUUUAGGUUGUC